AAACCACUGAUUUUUGAAAAAGUUAUGAUCGAUUGAUCUCAAAUUCUCAAUAUUUCAACGUUUUCAAGUAUAUUUUUUCAUUUUGCUUUAUGAAAUAUCCGUCGGUAUCUUCUUUAAUGAUCAUCAUUGACCAUUUCUCCGCAUUCAAAUUACGAAGUAUCAAGGGGGUUCCUAUUUUCGAAUAAGCUAGAUGAAUUAACUUUAAUUCAAUGUUCUGCGAAUUCAGAACCUUUUGAAGAAAUUUAACGUCAUUAAAAUAAUAAAAAGCUUUAGAUGACAGAUCGUUUGUCUAUUAUUUCAACUUUCCACUAGCUGUCAAGUGUCAACUAUGUCAAUUUUUGAUCGUCAGAAAAGCUUAUUCAUUUGAAAGUAUUUUUGCAAUGAAAUCACUAAAUCAGUGGCAUGAAAAAUUAUUGUACUUUGUUAGCGUCAUACACAUCGCUUUCGAUAGAAAUAAUCUUCCGAAUGAAUAAAAUUCAAUCAGGUCAGAAUAGAAUGAUUAGGUAUUAGAAACAUUCAGAAGUCGUAUGCCAAUUGUCUUGCCUACUGCAGUUGACUUCAAUUAGACAGAAAUUUUAAUAAAACACAAGGAUUUUUUGAAAUUUCGAUCAUCAAGCAGGUGAUGGAGUAAUAUUACUUUCAUUUGUCAUGGUCAAAUCUUCAAACCUAAUUAUGGUGACUUCAAAGUUCAAAUUUAAUUGAAAUGAAAACGAAUGAUCAAAUCGUCAAUCCCUGAUUUUGCUCUUGAAUUUUUGACGAGAAAAGGGAAAUUUUUAGCUAUUUUACUACUGGUGAAGCGUUAUCACUAAUAUGACGCGGAAUGUUGACAAGUUUCACAAAUUUUGGACUUGAAAAAAUUGAUGAGAACUUGAAAUUUGGAAAUUUUCGUCGUAAUUCGUCGAAAUUUAUUUAAUUCGAAGAAAAAACACGAUCUAAAUGAAUCGAAACGAAUGACUAAUCAUUCUCAAAAUUAUAUAUUUUUCGCUAGUUGCGUUUUAACGUAAAGUUCAAACUUGCAUGGUGUAGUGAAAACUUGUAUAUUUUCAUCUUACUUUCUCAUCAGCAGCAGUUACGAUUUCGUUCAAAAAUAAUGGGGUUAUGUAAAUGUCCUAAACGUAAAGUCACCAAUCAAUUCUGCUACGAACAUAGGGUCAAUGUAUGCGAAAACUGUAUGGUAACUAAUCAUCCAAAAUGUAUAGUUCUGUCCUAUUUGAAGUGGUUACAAGACGGAGAUUAUAAUCCAAUUUGCGAAUUAUGUACCAAAAAGCUGAGCGACGAGGAAUGCAUCAGAUUGAUAUGUUAUCAUGUGUUUCAUUGGCAUUGCUUGGAUCAUUACGAGCGACAGUUACCUCCUACAACUGCUCCAGCUGGAUAUACUUGUCCAUCAUGUGCCAACCCUCUAUUUCCUCCAGCUAAUCUUGUUUCUCCAGUAGCUGAUAUUCUUUUUGAGAAAUUGAGAAGUGUGAAUUGGGCUCGAGCUGGUUUAGGAAUGCCUUUGUUACCAGCUUCAGAAGAAAUCAAACCAGAAGAAAAGUUCACGAAUGUUAGUAAUAACGAUUCGUAUUUCGAAAAUAGAACAAAUGAUACCAUUUUACAAAUCGGUGAAACCAACAACGAACCGUACAGAAAAAAUAAUAUGUUUGUGAAACAAUUCCCAGAUAAUGUACCUAGGCGAUUAACUCAUUCCACCGAAACUAAAAAAUUGACGAAUAGUUCCGUCGAUCGCGAUGAAAAUAAGUAUGAAAGGAGAACAAUGACGGAACGGAUUAAUAAAUGGCAUGUGUGCGCCAGGAAUUCUAGAUAUUUUCAAUUCUACUUCCGACACAAGUAUCGUCGCUACUUUGUUAUGGGCACAUUUCUAUUCAUCGCGUUUUUCUUAUUUAUGAUUAUCUUAGAUAAAUUAAGUUACGAAGUACCUUAUGAUGAGAAUCCAUUCGUCAAUGAAGCUUUUGUUCAUCAAGAAGGUAAUCGUGAAUCGUGAUACUUGAAACGCAUAAAACAAGCAGUCACACUCGCAUUCCAUUUUCAUGUUAUUAACAUUUUCUACAUGAUUAUUCAUUGUUGCAAGCAUAUAAUUUACGAUAUGAUUAUCUAAUAAUAUUAUUUUUAAUACAAUUUUAUUAUUGCUAUAGUUGAAAACUUUGAAAGUUGAUUAAAUUUUUUUUUCAAAUUA